AUGUUACGUAACAGUCGCUCCAAAUAUUUCGACUCUAUUUGUUCCAGCCGUGGACUUAAUCCGAAACGCUUCUGGUCCCUGUUCAAGUUCAAUAAUAAGACACGGAACAUUCCUCAAAAGCUCUCGGUGAAAGUAACUGAAACCAAAAGAACAUCCGCAGGAAAUCCAGCAGAUAUUGCUGCGCUGUUCAACAACUACUUCACAUCUAUAUUUACCACCGAUCCAAAUAUCGAAAACUACAGCUCUGACGCUCUUCCAUAUCAGUCUAACAAUACUAUCAUCGAGGACAUUACCCUUUCGGAAGCCGAUGUUUUCUCCGUAUUGCAUAACCUCGACAUUAACAAAGCCCAAGGUCCAGAUGGGAUUCCUGCACGAUUAUUAAAAGAAACAGCUCGCCAAAUUGCUCCAUCACUAACCGCCUUGUUUAAUAAAUCUCUGAACACUGGUGUGUUACCACGCGACUGGAAACUAGCAAAUGUUGUUCCCGUUCACAAAAAAGACAACAAAGAGCACGUAGAAAACUAUCGACCAAUUUCGCUUCUUUCGCUUAUCUCGAAAGCAUUGGAAAGAUGCGUGUUCAAUAAGAUCAAAGACCACGUUUUCGAACAGAUUAACAAUGGUCAACAUGGCUUUGUUCCUCGGAAGUCCUGUGUUACACAGCUCAUUGAAGUUUUUGAGUAUAUUGGUCGUGAGCUGGAUCUUGGGAAACAAGUUGAUGUGAUCUACUUGGAUAUGUCCAAGGCGUUUGAUCGAGUAAGUCACAUGCAACUGUUGAAACGACUUCGUGAUUUUGGAUUCGGUGGAAAUAUUCUUAACUGGUUUAGAUCUUACCUCAAGGACCGUCGGCAGCAGACUACAGUACUUGGUGCAACAUCGUCAGCACUACCAGUAACCUCCGGAGUUCCACAAGGCUCAAUCCUUGGACCGCUGCUGUUCCUAUUAUAUCAGAAUAAUCUCCCCAACUCCAUCAACCACUCGAAGAUCGCGACGUUUGCUGACGACACAAAGAUUUACAAGGUGAUAAACGCGAAGGCUGAUGCAUCCGCUAUGGAGAAUGAUCUUGCGAAUUUCCAAACCUCCUCUGCCAAUGCUAAUCUUCUCCUCAACACAGAUAAAU